CUAGUCAUCUUCAUCAUCGGUCUAGUCAGCUCGCACGGCUGCUUCUUCAUUUUCGUCAGCUCGGACGGCUGCUUCUUCAUUUUCGUCAUCUUGCUCUCGAAUGAGUUAUAUAAACAGCAAACUUGAGUAGCCCCUGAAAGAGCUGAGCAUUUCAGGUUCAGCUCCUUCAUCGGUUUCUGAAGAUGGCAAGUUCAGAGUCAGAGCGAACAGAGGCAUACUUGCACGUCGACUGUGCUCAGCCACCAGCAAGAACUUGGCAGAGGAAAUUCGAUGAUGAAGGCAAGAAGGUUGCUAAGUUUAGCAUGACCAUGAAUGAUCUCAUGACAAUGGUGCCCUUUAUUGCCAAAAUGCUUCGACUAUACGUCCAAGAAAGCGCGAAAGGCCAAGCUUCGGUCUAUGAUCCUUUCAGGAAAUGGAUGGACAACUGCUACCGCGGGGUACCCCUCGGCGCACUAGGUGCAGGAAGCAUAGGGAGAAGCUACAGAGGGUACUUCCAGCAUUUCCAAAUAUUCCCCAGGAUGUUUGAAGAGAAGCCUAUCCUGGCCAACCAGUUCUCCGCAUUCGUUUCGCGUCCCGGCGGGAAGAGCUACUCCACGGUGCUGUCGGCACCGAAGGCCGAUGUCCUGAAGGGAAUUGAUAAAGCCGGUAUCGGAUCUUGGGACUGGAAACUGAGAGAGAAGAAUUGCACUUACCAUGGCUUGUUCCCAAGAUCCUGGACUGUCUAUGAUGGUGAGCCUGACCUUGAAAUCAAGAUCACCUGCCGUCAGAUAUCACCCUUCAUCCCUCACAACUACAAAGAAAGCAGCUUCCCGGUUGCGGUUUUCACUUUUACGGUACAAAAUUCAGGGAGCACACCCGCAGAUGUCACAUUGCUCUUCACAUGGGCAAAUUCCGUGGGUGGAAAAUCGGAACUGACCGGGAAUCACACCAACUCCAGGAUGAAAGCGCGAGACGGCGUCCAUGGCGUCCUCCUCCACCACAGGACGGCGGACGGGCAACCUCCGGCGCCGUUCGCCGUGUGG